AUGAUCAAAAAGCUUCUACUCGCGAAGCCCGACGACAGGCAGACACGGCGAAGCCCUAGCGGCGGUGUGGAUCUCGUCUCGCUAUCCGUACUACGAUCGGCCAAUGUCGAAACUACUCGAGCUUUGCUCGACGAGGGCUUUCCUAUCGGCAUGGCACUGCACAUGGCAUGCAUAUAUGGCCGGCUGAACUGUGCACAAGAGCUCAUGCAUGCAGGUGCUGACGUCAACCUCCGGCUUUGGAUCCUUGACUCCCCGUCGGCGCGUUGUCCUUUGAGCCCCUUGGACCUCAUGUGUCUUCACAUCUCCCACGAGGAUGUCAUGGCAAUGCCCAUCUUCGAAUGCUUCCAGCUUGAUAAAGGAAUGUUAGGCAGCACGGAAGACCGGUUGAGCCUAAUUCGUCAACUCAUCAAAAAGGGCGCCGAUGUGCACCCACGGCUUGGCUUCCCUCAUUCCCCAAUGAUCUUCGCGGCGCACUCCACGAUGGUGAGUGUACUAGAGAUCCUGCAAGAAAACGGCGCGAAGGUCAAUGCGCCAGCCUGCGGAGUCACACCUCUGAUGGCGGUUACUGGAAUCGUGGCCCCAUUUGGAGCUCGGCCUGGAAAUGACCGGCAAGAGACUAUCCGUUGGCUACUCGACCACGACGCAGACCCGGACGUCACGGAUCUUCACGGCAGAACAGCUCUCUGGAGAGUCUGCGCAGCUCUGCUGAAGGCUUUGGAGCGUCGUGAUGUUGAGCUGUGCCAGCUGCUCUAUCUGGAUCAGUGUCUGCGCUUCGCAAACCUACUCUUCGACUUGGACCAUCACUCCUCUAUCCUGAAUGACCCAGAACUCUUUUGGCACAGCACGAAGAAUUCCUUCUACGAGUUCGCUUUGGAACUCUUGCGAAGAGGGGAGCCUGACCUGGCGUAUACGCCGGCUGAGAGAGGAGAUCUGUCCUGCCUCCAUAAUGUCCUUGCUGUCUCGUUUGCGGGCAUUGUGCACGACGCCAGGCUGAAACUGCUAAAUGCGCUGAUCGAGAGAGGCGUGGACGUCAACCGAGGCCAUCCUAUCCUGAAAGCCAUCGGUCAACGGAAUUGGCCAUCUGUGGAACGAUUGUUACGAAACGGGGCCAUAAUCCCAUUCGAGUACAGCAAACCUCUCCGGCGACUUCUCCUCAACGUGGGAUAUGCCAGGCCGAUGGGGUCUCUUAUAAGGCUCGUGAUACACAGCCUGGGCAGGACUUAUCCGGACAUGAGCUUGCAGGCGUGGCUUGACGAGGGCCUGCUCCAUGCAUGUGUUGUUCCACAUCCCGAUACAAUCGCUGCACUGCUCGACGCUGGGGCCGAUGUCAACGUCGGGGGGCCUACGUGUACCAUGGUCUCCACCCCGGCGGAGACUCCGCUGGGCGUACUGCUGAACCACGCACACCAGUGUGAGGAGAGAUACCCCGUUGACGACGGCACGUACCCGAGCAUCACGAUCAACCAGCUGUUUGAGACAUUUCGGCUUCUCUGUGACCGAGGCGCUGUCAUCGUUGCUCCCACAAGCCAGAUCCCCACGAAGUCCUCGGCAUCAGUCGUCGAAGACUUGACCAGAGUCUGGCCGAAGAGUGGUUUCCGCGAUGAGGUCCAAAGCAGGUGUGACUUCGUGCUGAGUAAGGAGCAUUCUAGCCACUCCAGAUUGGUAAUAGUGGGGUUUCACGAUUACGAGCCAGACAAAGUGGACGAAGCAUGGCAUGGAGCUGUUGAAAGAUUACAAGCGGGAUCUUACGGCAGCCAGCAAGACGGGGUUUCGAUAUGGAGAGCAGAUGCCGACCUGUUCGACUCUGAUGGUGGUCGGCACGACUGGGAGGAAGAAGAAGAUGAGGCCGGCCAUCCUUGUUGUCCUACAGUCAUAUCGUCGUCCGUGGCCAACUCCGACUCGGACACUGAGACCAUGUAA